AGAGAAUUAGAGUUUUACUAUUUUAAAAGUUCAUUGCAAUUUUCUAAAAAUGGCGGAAGCUAACAAAGAAAAUACUGAAAACCCUCUAAACAUAGAUAGUAGUAACUUUAAUUCAGAAAUGUAUUUGGAAUGUUUGAUGAAACUUGCUACUUUAAAACAAGUUAUGGAUAAAGAAGCCGAGAUCGUAAAGCAGAGUCAAUUUCUACAAUCAGAAAUGCAAACUUUGGUGUAUGAAAAUUAUAACAAGUUCAUAUCUGCUACUGAAACUGUGCGGAAAAUGCGUACUGAUUUUCAAAUUAUGCAAGAAGAAAUGAAUAAGCUUAGUGAUAAUAUAAACAAAAUAACAACAUUUAGCUCUCAAAUAUCGGAAUCUUUAAAAGAGAGUGGGACAAAUGUUAAUCGUUUGUGCUCAACAAGACAUUUACUUGAUAAACUUCAAUUUUUAUUUUUAUUGCCAUCACAACUUAAUAAAGCUAUAAUAGAAAACAGGUACGCUGAUGCAGUACAUGAUUACGCACACGCACAAAGGGUGUUACAAAAGUAUGGCAACCAACCAUCAUUCCAGAGUAUCCAGACGGAGUGUUCCGAAAUUAUUUAUGGUUUAAAAAAGACAUUAAGAGAUAGGCUACUGAAUUCAGACACAUCAGCAUCUGAACUUGCAGAGAGUGUUGGACUUCUAAGACAGUUGCAGGAAACGGAUUCCUCAUUAAAAGAUAUUUUCCUUAGUUGUGCAGAGAGUAGAUUAGAUCAACAUUUAAAAAGUUUGAGUGCAUUGGUGGAACACACUGACAUAUUAGAAUGGGUUGAAAAAUGCAAUAAUACCUUAUUAGCUGAUUUAGGUAUUGUAAUAUCAUGUUAUCAUGAAAUGUUCCAAGAUCAAGAAGCAAAUAAUCUUCCUGAAUUUGCUGAAAAAGUGAUGUCUCAAGUCUUUCAUUUAUUUGAGGAAGUUGUGAAAAGACCUGAAAAUAUUGGAACAGAAAUAUUGAUAAGAGGCUUAGAUAAAUUCUUCAGGAAGCUGCAAGCUAUGUCUGAAAUCAUUUCCAGUGAUGUUGUAUCACAAAAAGCUUUAGAUGUAGUCAUUCAAUGUAUAAACCAUAAAGCUACAAUGCAGUAUCAAUUGAUUCAGAGUCAGUUUAAAGAUAGUCUGAUGAGAGUGCGGCAGACAUUAGCAAGUAAAGGCACAGAAACUGUAGAUCUGAAGGAUAUUUUAAAUUCACUGCAAGUAUAUUUGAUGCAAAAAAUUCAAGCAUCAUUGUUAGACUUAAUGGCAUUUUUACAAAACAAUCUGUCUUUUGGACUGAAGCCGUGGUGUGCUAAGGCUGUGGCCAACAGUUGCUGGACUGUGAUUUCAGAAACCCUUAUAAAUCUAUCAGAUAUGGUCAAGAAGAUGGCCUGUUUGAAGACAUCCAACAACAUACCCUUUGAGCUACUUCUUAUUCUUGCCAAAUUAUGUUUAGAAUUACAAGAAAAUGGAGUGAGUACUCUACAUAAUCAUCUCGUAAAACUACUAGAGGAAGCUGCGCCAGGAUUGACUGUGGAUAACAAGGAUAAAAACAGUGUAAUAGUGAAUUUGUCCACAGCAGCACAAGCUGCAUUGGAUUCAGAAGUUGUUUUUAUUGGACAAACAGCAGCGCAGAUGUUGCGGGUGUCCGUGCUUGCUAGGGAUUGGUUAAGGGCUCCGGAACCAAGAGGACCGAGAGCGGUUUGCCGUAGAGUUGUGGAAACACUAGCCAGUGCGGAUUCCGCCGCUUCCCAACUUUUCCCUACAAGUGUGAAACCAUCCAGUGACUCUAGUAGACGUACGAUUUGGUCACGCGCACCAUCAUCGUUCUCUCCUAUUAAUAGAAUAUUUUCUGAGCGUAUUGAAGUAUUCAGUCCUGCGGGCGCUGACCGUGGAGCGUUGUCUAAUGGGGCGUUGAAAGUAGCGCUUAAAGCGCUGGUUGAGUGCGUUAGGUUGCGUACAUUUAGUAGGCACGGUUUGCAACAGUUGCAAGUUGAUGUGCACUUCUUGCAGCAGAGGCUUUCAUGUAUGGGGAACGACGAGAGACUGCUGAAUGCACUGCUGGAAGAUGCCUUGGCCUCCGCGCAACUGAGAUGUGUCGACCCGCAGCUCAUGGAGCCCAGUAUUGUCGAUAUAAUUUGUGAAAGAGGAUAG